UAAACACAGGCAGCUCCAUGCUGAGCACAUGUUUCCUUGUUCCCUCCAAGUCUGAAGGAAGGAAACGGAAGAUUCAAAGUUCAGUUUUGAGUCUGAGUAGACAGACUUCAUAUUUCUGUUCAGAGAAACUCUCAACCAGUCACUGGCAGGAGGUGAAAUGGCGCAGAAAAGAGUCAAGCUGGACUGGGAAAGCUUCUCUUGUUCAAUCUGUCUGGAUUUACUGAAGGAUCCGGUGACUACUCCAUGUGGACACAGCUAUUGUAUGGACUGUAUUAAAGCUCACUGGGUUGAAGAGGAUGAAAACAAAAUCUACAGUUGUCCUCAGUGUAGGGAGACUUUCCCACCGAGGCCUGUCCUGCUGAAAAACACCAUGUUAGCAGAUUUAGUGGAGGAAAUGAAGAAGACUGAACUCCAAGCCUCUCCUGCUGAUCACUGCUAUGCUGGAGCUGAAGAUGUGGCCUGUGAUGUAUGCACUGGGAGAAAACUGAAAGCACUCAAGUCCUGUCUGGUGUGUCUGGUCUCUUACUGCAAGAAACACCUUCAGCCUCAUUAUGAAUUACCUAUAUUUAAAAAACACAAGCUGGUGGUCCCAUCCAAGAAUCUCCAGGAGAACAUCUGCUCUCGUCAUGAUGAGGUGAUGAAGAUUUUUUGCCGUACUGAUCAGAAAUGUAUCUGUUAUCUUUGCUUAAUGGAUGAACAUAAAGCCCACGACACAGUCUUAGCUGCAGCAGAAAGGACUGAGAGGCAAAAAGAACUCGAGGGGAGUCAACAAAACAUCCAGCAGAGAAUCCAGGACAGAGAGAAAGAUGUGAAGCUGCUUCAACAGGAGGUGGAGGCUAUCAAUCACUCUGCUGAUAAAGUAGUGGAGGACAGUGAGAAGAUCUUCACUGAGCUGAUCCGUCUCAUGGAGAAAAUAAGCUCCCAUGUGAAGCAGCAUGUCCGAUCUGAGCAGAAAACUGAAGUGAGUCGAGUCAAAGAGGUUCAGGAGAAGCUGGAGCAGGAGAUCACUGAGCUGAAGAGGAAAGAUGCUGAGAUGAAGAAGAUCUCAGAUACAGAGGAUCACAUCCAGUUUCUACACAACUACUCCUCACCGUCACCACUCAGUGAAUCUACAGACUCACCCAGCAUCGAUAUCCGUCCUCUGCGCUACUUGGAGGAUGUAACAGCGGCUGUGUCAGAACUCCGAGAUAAACUACAGGACCUUCUGAGAGAGACCUGGACAGACAUGUCACUGACUGUAACUGAAGUGGAUGUUUUAUUGUCAAAUCCACAACGAGAGCCCAAGACCAGAGUUGAAUUCUUAAGAUAUUCACGUAAAAUCACACUGGAUCCAAACACCGCUCACACGCAGCUGUUAUUAUCUGAGGGCAACAGAAAAGCAACAUUAAUGAGAGACCAACAGUCUUAUCCUAGUCAUUCAGACAGAUUCUCUGUACAAUUUCAGGUCCUGAGUAGAGAGAGUCUGACUGGACCUUGUUACUGGGAGGUCGAGUGGACAGGGAAUGGAGUUCAUGUAGCGGUUGCCUACAAGAAUAUCUGUGGAGGGGGGAGCUUGAAUGAAUUUGGACAAAAUAAAAUAUCCUGGGUUUUAAAAUGUGACAGAAGCCGUUACCACUUUUGGUACAACAAAGUCCAAACUUCCCUCUCAGGUCGUCGGUUACCCAGACUAGGAGUGUACCUGGAUCACAGGGCAGGUAAUAUGUCCUUCUACAGCGUGUCAGACACCAUGACUCUCCUCCACAGAGUCCAGACCACAUUCACUCAGCCGCCCACGCUGGACUACAGCUUUAUUAUCGUUUUGGAGACACAGCUGAGUUCUGAAGUGAAACUCAGACAGGCGUUGUCACUGAGAGGAGAAAUGGCGCAGCAAGGAGUUCAGCUGGACCGGGAAACUUUCUCUUGUUCCAUCUGUCUGGAUCUACUGAAGGAUCCGGUGACUACUCCCUGUGGACACAGCUACUGUAUGGACUGUAUUCAGACUCACUGGGAUGGAGAAGAUGAAAAGAAAAUCUACAGUUGUCCUCAGUGUGGGAGCUUUCACACGAGGCCUGUCCUGCUGAAAAACACCAUGUUAGCAGAUUUAGUGGAGGAACUGAAGAAGACUGGACUCCAAGCUGCUCCUGCUGAUCACUGCUAUGCUGGAGCUGAAGAUGUGGCCUGUGAUGUCUGCACUGGGAGAAAACUGAAAGCCCUCAAGUCCUGUCUGGUGUGUCUGGUCUCUUACUGUGAUCAACACCUUCAGCCUCAUUAUGAAUUACCUAUAUUUGAGAAACACAAGCUGGUGGAGCCCUCCAAGAGGCUCCAGGAGAACAUCUGCUCUCGUCACGAUGAGGUGAUGAAGAUAUUCUGCCGUACUGAUCAGCAGUGUAUCUGUUAUCUCUGCUUAAUGGAUGAACAUAAAGGCCACGACACAGUCUUAGCUGCAGCAGAAAGGACUGAGAGGCAGAAAGAGCUCGAGGGGAGUCAAGAAAACAUCCAGCAGAGAAUCCAGGACAGAGAGAAAGAUGUGAAGCUGCUUCAACAGGAGAUGGAGGCCAUCAAUCACUCUGCUGAUAAAAUAGUGGAGGACAGUGAGAAGAUCUUUACUGAGCUGAUCCAUCUCAUGGAGAAAAGACGGUUUUAUGUGGAGCAGCAGGUCAGAUUCCAGCAGAAAACUGAAGUGAGUCGAGUCAUCGAGGUUCAGGAGAAGCUGGAGCAGGAGAUCACUGAGCUGAAGAGGAAAGACGCUGAGCUGAAGAAGUUCUCACACACACAGGAUCACAUCCAGUUUCUACACAACUACUCCUCACUGUCACCACUCAGUGAAUCUACAGACUCAUCCAACAUCAAUAGCCGUUCUCUGCGCUACUUUGAGGACAUGGCAGCGGCCGUGUCAGAAGCGAGAGAUACAAUACAGGAGAUUCUGAGAGACACAUGGUCAAACAUCUCACUAGCUGUGACUGAAGUGGAUGUUUUAUUGUCAAAUCCACAACGAGAGCCCAAGACCAGAGCUGAAUUCUUAAGAUAUUCACGUAAAAUCACACUGGAUCCAAACACCGCUCACACGCAGCUGUUAUUAUCUGAGGGCAACAGAAAAGCAACAUUAAUGAGAGACCAACAGUCUUAUCCUAGUCAUUCAGACAGAUUCUCUGUACAAUUUCAGGUCCUGAGUAGAGAGAGUCUGACUGGACCUUGUUACUGGGAGGUCGAGUGGACAGGGAAUGGAGUUCAUGUAGCGGUUGCCUACAAGAAUAUCUGUGGAGGGGGGAGCUUGAAUGAAUUUGGACAAAAUAAAAUAUCCUGGGUUUUAAAAUGUGACAGAAGCCGUUACCACUUUUGGUACAACAAAGUCCAAACUUCCCUCUCAGGUCGUCGGUUACCCAGACUAGGAGUGUACCUGGAUCACAGGGCAGGUAAUAUGUCCUUCUACAGCGUGUCAGACACCAUGACUCUCCUCCACAGAGUCCAGACCACAUUCACUCAGCCGCUCUACGCUGGACUACAGCUUUAUUAUCGUUUUGGAGACACAGCUGAGUUCUGUAAACUGAAAUAGACACAAGUCAUUUAAGGGUUAAAUUAUGCGCUUUAACUCUUAAAUGUAUUUUGUCUCCAUGUUUGUUGCGGAGAGCUGAUUGUGGUGGCAUUUCUUCACUGCACAGCGAUCAGCUGUCAAUCAAACAUUAUGGGAUGUACUUUGACAUCUUCAUAUUAGUUGUUGUGUAAAUGUUUGACUUUCUUUAGGUGACUCUCCUUCCUGUGUCUGUUUAGACACGGAGGCUAUCACUGAUGCUCAUGAUGAUGUUAGUUGAUCUGAAGUGAAAAUGUAAACUUCUCUGUUAUCUAAAUGUUUGAUGAAUAUUUGUAUUGAUUUUAUUUGUAGGUUGUUGUUUCUCUUCCACUGCAUGAGUCUGAAGAGAGAAAGCACCAGACCUCCUUUAUCUUAGAUAUUUUAUUCUCUUUGUGUACAUAUUAAAGAAAUCUGUAAUCACAUUAGCAUUUUUUUGUUUGUUUGGCAGACCAAAUGUUAUUGUUGUUAUGGGGUAUUACAUUUUGAUCAUAUUCAAUGAGUGAGAUAAGAUUCAAACAAGGUGAUUGUGUGGAUGAAGAGAAUCUGUUAACAUUGAACAGACGUUACUGAUGGCAUGUGUGAACAAACUGAAGGUUUACAUGAUGAAUAAACUAACAUGGACAAAGUA